UCCACAAACCCAAAAAUGGCGUCCCUUCUCCUCGUGCUGCUGCUGCUGCUCGUCCACCGCGCUGCCGCCGCCGACGAGAGACAGCUUCUCAUCCAGAUCAAGCGCGCGUGGGGCGACCCGUCGGUGCUCGCGGCAUGGAGCACUUCGGGCUCGGGAGACCACUGCGCCUGGCCCUACGUGACCUGCGACACAUCGUCCGGCCGCGUCACGAGCCUCUCCCUCGCCAACAUCAACAUCACCGGCCCGUUCCCGGAUGCCAUCGGUGGCCUCUCCGGCCUCACGAGCCUCAACCUCUCCUACACCAACAUCACCGGCGCCUUCCCGACCAGCGUGUACCGUUGCGCUUCGCUGCGGCACCUCGAUCUGUCCCUUACCUACCUCGGCGGCGAGCUCCCCGUCGGCAUCGGCCACGCGCUCGGGGAGAACCUUACCUCUCUGAUGCUCAACGGCGACUACUUCACCGGUACCAUCCCCACCUCCUUGUCCCAGUUACGGAACCUCCAGUCGCUCGUGCUGGACGGCAACUUCUUCACCGGCACCAUCCCGGCCGAGCUGGGAGACCUGACGAGCCUUCAGACAUUGACGCUCGCGAAUACCAUGUUCAGCGCCGGCGAGCUGCCGGCGUCGUUCAAGAGCCUGACCAAGCUGAAAUUAUUCUGGGCGGCGAAUUGCAGCCUCACCGGCGACUUCCCGGGCUAUGUGACGGAGAUGCCGGAGUUGGAGGUGCUCGACCUCUCGGUCAACUACUUGACCGGAAGUAUACCUCCGGGCAUCUGGAACCUCACCAAGUUGCGGAAUCUGGCCAUAUAUGCGAACAAUCUCACCGGCGAUGUCGUCGUCGAUGGUCCUUUCGGCGCGGUGAAUUUGGUGAUGAUCGACCUGUCCUCGAAUCACAGGCUAAGUGGGCCGAUUCCGGAAGCCUUCGGUCACUUGCCAAAGCUUGAAACGUUGAGCUUGUUCUUCAACAACUUCUCCGGUGAGAUACCAGCAAGUAUCGGCCAGCUGCCUUCUUUGGUGACGCUGGGAUUGUUCGUCAAUCGUCUCAACGGCACGCUCCCUCGGGAUCUCGGCAAGAAGUCACCUCAGUUGGUCCAUGUUGAAGUCGAUGACAACGAGAUCACUGGCACGAUACCGGAGGGGCUUUGCGCCAACGGCAUGUUCGAGUCUCUCACCGCCAGGAACAACAGAUUGAACGGUUCCAUCCCGGCAAGCCUUGCUGGUUGCGCUACGCUUAACAACCUUAUGCUCGACGACAACCAGCUCUCUGGUCAGAUACCGGAGGGUUUGUGCAACAACGGCAAGUUGGAGUAUCUCACUGCUGGGCAAAACCGCUUGAACGGUUCCAUCCCGGCAAGCCUCGCUGGUUGCGCCACGCUCUCCCACCUUAAGCUCGACAAUAACCAGCUCUCCGGCGAGAUACCCGAUGGUUUGUGCGACAACGGCGUGUUGGAGGUACUGGACGUCGGGCAAAACCUCUUAAACGGCUCCAUCCCGGCAAAAUUAGCUGGUUGCGCCACCCUCAAGAAACUGAUACUUCGUGACAACAAGCUUUCUGGGAAGGUGCCUUUUUUCUUCUAGAUAUCGAAAACAGAAUAAUAGUUUAGUAUCUGAGAUAGGCUUUUUUGAGUGUAUACUAGAUGAUACCCCGCACGUUGUUGCGGGAACUAUAGCAAGAAAAAUGGGUAUAUUAGGCAAAUGAAAUACAAAUGAUUUGGAUAUUCUUGUUAA